GCAUUACACUUGCCGCUUUCGGCACAAAGUAAAUAUUUAAUAUUUUGAGGAGUUCCGUGUGUUUAAAGAUGGGUAAGAGUGGUAAAAAAUCGCGUAAAACAAAGCCCGUUCCGAAUAAGGCGGUGAAAAAUCUUCGAAGUGCAGCAGAAUCCAAAAACUUGGAGUUUUUGCUAGCUGUUCCCAAGCAGGAAAGCCGCAACCAGAAUAAAAGUAUUGAUGGUGAACCACCCGUGGCCGCAGCUUCGAGCCGUGAAAGAUUUACAAAAAACCAUCUCAGAGGAAGACAAAACCGGACACCAAAACAGAGCUUACAGCAGCAAAAUGUACAGUUCCUGCUCCGCCCAUCGAUAUGGAUGCCGACGAUAACCAUCAUCUAUUGGACAUCAGAACGAGCAUUCUGCGAGACUGGACAACGGAAAUGGAAAGCGACGAGGGUGAUAUCGAAAGUACAGAUAUUGUUACAAGUGAUGAUGAACAGGAUAGCUACGAAAACAACACGUUACUUCAACCGGCCCGGCGCGAGUUUUUUCCGUUGGACGAUUCAUCUGACCAUGAUCCGGAGGAUUCCGAUUCAGCGCGUGCUGAUGUCAGAAAAACUUACACACGUUCUGCUCCGCCACGACCAGACGAAUCAGAAGUAGCGCAUGUGGCCGAUCAAAGGUCAUCGCUGCCCGCGGCCACGUCUGAAGCUGCAGUGUGUGUUUGUGGACAGCAGCCUAAAAUUGAUGAGCUGCUACAGCAGAACGCUAUGCUGUCUGCGCAAAACAAGAAGCUGAAGCGCCUGAAUGACGAAAGCAAUGCCCGUUGUCUAACCUUAACAGAUGCACUAAAUGCGAAAGUCCUCGGGCCCACACAUGAUGAAAAUUUCACCGAAGUAGAAGGAUUUCCCGACCGCGAAAAAUUGAAGAAUUUUUCGGAGGCUGCCGGUUCACGAGACUACAUAUUUGUAAAGCUCAUUUUACAAGAAAUUUGCACCGAAGGAUUGAAGAACAUCACCAUUACGGGGCGGGCAUCCAAUAACCCAAAUGGUCGCAAAGGUGGAGAACGACCUCAACAACCGGAAGACGCCCCGACUAAGAUUCAACUUGAUCCAGAGAAGAAAGCAUACAUUGAAAAGCGUUUCGUAGAGCAUCGCCGGUAUCAGGGCGAUUCGAUUUCCGUGGCUGCACUGAAAUGUAAGGAGUGCCGCGGACUCAUGACGCGCGUUAUUUCGUACUAUGGAAAUAAGUAACAAGUGAUGUUUAAUUUAUUUGUUGUCGAAUUUUAAAGAAAACUUGUUUGUUUCUACGUUUGUUAUAGAACGUAACGUGUUUGUUUAGCAAACUCUCUUUUGACUUAUAGCUCUUAUAGCUCUUUUUGUAUUGGAUUGGUCGAUCAACAAUAAAAGCCGCUGAUGUGCUAACAUGACGGAGCGUUACUACUACUUAUACUUCCUGAACAAAGCUCCACUAUGAAAAUAUAUUUUGCUAUAGGGUCUAGGACCAUUAAGGUAGGGGGACCUAUUUUGGGUACUUCUAGUUAUAACUUAGUCAAUUCCAUAUCAAUUUGACAAGAAUGUGUGCACAUGACUACAGAUUGUACGUAUCACAUCGUGUUUCAAUUGACUGUCUUAAAAUUGACUGAGAUAUAGAAGCAAGUACCCAAAAUAGAUCCCCCUGCCCAAAUGGCCCCAGACCCUAAUUAUGUUCUAAAUGAAUGAUAACUCAUUGUGUUACAAAUGAGUUAUAUUUUUGUAACACAUUGUGUUACAAAUGAGUUAUAGUUUUGUAACAUAUUGUGUUACAAAGUUGAUAUUUUUUAUCAAAAAUUUAUUUCACGAUUUAUUAUAAUUUUGUUCUGAUUCUAACAAAAUGAGUUAUUUUUUUGUUAUAACCUGUGUCGUUUUUGUUACAAAUUCAGUUAUUUUAACAUCAUCCUGCAUCUAAUUUAUAACACAUCUUGUUACAUAAAAAUUUUAUAACAUUGUAACAUAAUAUGAUAUAAACUUGAUAUAUUUUUCUA